AAAAUCUCGACUUGAUAUCUUAUUUUGAAGGAAAAAAAGGUGUGAAACGCUAUGAUGGGGCCAGCCCCAUUUUUCUCUGCACUCUCAGCAAUCAAUUAUAGUCUGUUCCCAGAAAAAUAUUCUGCUAAUUGUAUCCAUUUCAGGAGCCUUCCCUGUUGAAAGACCCAAUUUUCGGACACUUGUUUAUUUAUUUAUUUCAUUUUACUUCUUCCCCACUGACUUGUAAGUUGUAACUGGCUUACUGCAUAAAAAAAAGUUUUCUUUUUACUCAUCGGACUCUGAGUUAAGCCGAGCAAUCAAUGCUUGCAGAUUACUUUCCCUUUGGUUUUUCUCCAGCUGCACCCAUCAAUUAUUUCCCCAUGUUUUUUUAAUUAUUAGUAUUAUUUUUUAUUUUGGAUCUUACAAGAGAGAAUUUGUGCAUUUUGGAUCCUGCCUCUUGUGGAUUCUUGGGUUCAAUCUUCAAGCUUUCAAUUCAGAUUCUUGAAAAUUGAAUUCUUUUCUGUUUUGGGCAAUGCCCUUUUGGUAAUAAAACGAUAUUGGGUCAGUUUUCACUUGAGUUGUUUAUCUCAUUUCGUAAACAAUCAUUUGCAGCCCAAGAAAUUGACGUUUUGAUUUUUUUUUCCUCCGCUUUUCUGUGAUUUAUACAGAUUUUUCGUGCUUACUAUUUAUAUUAAUACAGAAUUAAUGACUCUUUGCAAGAUUUGCUAGUUCCUGAUAGAAAAUCUUGAAAUUUUGCAUCUGGGGUUUUCUCAAAGUGAUGCAUAAAGAAUCACAAAAGAAUGGCAAGUUUGGUUCCUGGGGUUCUUUUAAAGCUACUUCAGCACAUGAAUACAGAUGUGAAGGUUGCUGGGGAGCACAGAUCAUCUCUAUUGCAAGUGGUUAGCAUUGUUCCUGCACUAGCAGGGGGUGAACUCUUUCCAAAUAAAGGGUUUUACCUAAAGAUAUCUGAUUCCUCUCAUGCUACUUAUGUAUCUCUUCCUGAUGAACAUGAUGAUCUAAUUUUUAGUGAUAAAAUCCAAUUAGGUCAGUUCAUACAUGUUGAGAGGCUAGAGGCUGCCUCACCUGUACCUAUUCUUAGAGGGGUUAGGCUCGUUCCGGGUCGACACCCCUGCAUUGGAACUCCUGAAGAUAUAGUUGCAACUCAUUCUCUAGGAUUCCUCAAUAGCAAUGGUAAUUCAUCUUUGGGGUCGAAAUUGAUUCACAAAGACAAGUCGCCUUCAAAGUUGUUGAACAAUACUGAGGCAAAAGAGGUUAAAUCUGUGCUUUUGAAAUUGAAUCGUAGUGCUAAAGAAGAUAAAGUUGAUAAGAAGAUGCCUGGAUUGACUCGAUCCAAGUCUCAGUUGUCAAAGCUAUAUAUAACUUCGGAUGAGAAGAAGGAAUCUGUAGGAAAAUUGAAUUCUUCAGGUUCAAGGUCUAUACCCUCGUCGCCAACGAGCUGUUAUUCAUUGCCUACUUCUUUUGAGAAGUUUGCAAAUGGGAUUAAACAGCAGGGGAAGAUCAAGGGACUGGAGAGGUUGGAGAAGGCAACUGCUAAAUUGGGGUCAGGGGAAAGGGCAAUUUCUGUUCGUGGGGCAAGUCCGACCACAAAGAAGGUGCUGGGUGGGAGUGUGAUGAAGAAUAUUGUUCAAGGUCUUGAAUUGGGGCCAAAGGCUCUGAGAAAGAGUUGGGAAGGGAAUAUGGAUGUCAAGGGUAGGGAAAGUCCCAGAUUGAAGGUCAAUAAGCAUGCCCAGAAGCCGGAAGCGCGGAGUACUUCUGUACCAAGGAAAUCGACAAGCGAAAGGUUGCCAUCUAAAGAAGAGAAUAAGGUUGAGUCUUCAAAAUCAUCCCGGGAAGAAAAUAAGGUCAAUGCAUCUGUGAAGAAAGCUUCGACAAAUGCAGAUUUGGCUGAUAAUAAACCAACUGCACAGAGAGUUUCGCCUGGGAAGAAGUCUGGAGAGUCUGCUAAUCAUGGGUUCCCUGGCAAUUUAGUCAAGGUUUCUCUCAGUAAAAGUAAAUUAACAGAUGGAACUUUUUCAUGUGCAUCACUCCCGUCAUCAAUUGUAAAGCUUGGGAAGGACGUAUUGAAGCAUAGAGAUGCUGCACAAAUGGCUGCCAUGGAAGCAAUGCAGGAGGCUUCUGCCGCAGAAAGUUUACUUCAAUGUCUAAGCACAUAUGCUGAGUUGAGUUUGUCUGCUAAGGAAGAUAACCCACAGCCCACUGUCGAGCAGUUCUUGGCCCUGCAUGCAAGCUUGAAUAGUGCUUGUAUUGUUGCUGAUUCUUUAUCGAAAACUAUUAGUUCUGACUCUUCACAAAAUGAAGAUCCAUCUGAAGAAGUGCAAAAGGUCACAUUAGACAGGUGUAAACGCGCAGCUUCUUGGGUUCAUGCAGCAUUGGCUACAAAUUUGUCAUCCUUCACACUAUAUGGCAAACCGGAUACCUCAAGCCUGGCUGCAGCAUCAACUCUGGCUCCAAGCCCAAAAGUAAUUCCGAUUAAUCAACCCGUUUUAGCUCUUGAGAACUCUACUAAAAGCACAGCUCCAAAAACCCUGACCAAACAUCGACAGUCAGCAAGCUCCAAGAAUCACUCUUCUGGAAAUCCAAGUCGGGCAAGUGGUGGAUUAGCUGUUGGUCACAACACAAAAACUUCACCCCUGAUUGAUUGGGUUAAAGGAGAUGGUCUCGAUGAGUCUGUGGACUUGGCAAAAAUGUUGAGGUUGGAGUCUCAGGAUUGGUUCUUAGGUUUCGUGGAAAGGUUCUUGGAUGCUGAUGUGGACACCUCAGCUUUAUCAGAUAACGGUCAAAUAGCUGGCAUGUUAAGUCAGCUCAAGAGUGUGAAUGACUGGUUGGAUGAAAUUGGGUCUUCCAAGGAUGAAGAAACACCUCGUGUCUCAGCAGAAACAAUCGACAGAAUAAGAAAGAAGAUUUACGAGUAUCUUCUAACUCAUGUGGAAUCUGCUGCAGCUGCUCUUGGUGGUAGCUCACAAACGUCACCAGUAAUGGAAAGCAAACUUGCAGAGAUUCCUUCUUCACAUCCAAAACUAUAGAUAGCUUUAACAACUGAGACUUUGAUCCUGUCAAUUCAUGCAACAACUUUGCCUGAUGUUACCGUACUUAAUUUUUAUUGGUAGUUCUGAAUUCUUCAGUGAACCUGUUGAUUGGGUUAGGUAGAUAAAUAAUUUUGUACGUGCUGUGAAGUUUGCGUAUCAAGUAUUUUUCCGUAGUCAACUUGACUAGAACAAGCAAGUGAUCAAGGAAUGCUAGAAGGUGAUGCAGCUCGAUUCUAUACCCUUCCAAGCAUACAUUUGCUAUUGUAACUUGAACUAUUGGCAACGCUUAAUAUUGAAUUUAAUCUUCUUUCUAAAUUCCAAUGUAUCUAUGCAAACAAGGUACAGUCAAUUUACAAAAAGAUUACAGUUAUUUAAAAA